GCUCCUGGAAGAGGAACAAGUGUGGGAAAAGGGAGAGGAAACCGGAGCUAAAUGACAGGAUGCGGACGACUUGAGACACAAAAAGAGAAGCGUUUCUCAAGGAUCCAGGCAUUGCCUCCCCGCUUUCCUUUCUCCAAGACGGGCUGGAGGAUUUUACAGCUCUAAGCGGAGUUGGAGCACUUUGGGUUUUUUAGAUCACCCCCUUCGCUGGGUUUGCCCUGCACGUUCUCUUUCCACCGCUUCUGCCUGGGGAUCUAGCGAAGGGAGAAUGGAGAGGGGGCUACAGCUCCUCUGCGCCGCGCUCGCCCUGGCCCUGGCCAGCGCUUUUCACAACGACAAAUGUGGUGAUAUUAUAAAAAUUGAAAGCCCCGGGUACCUUACAUCUCCUGGCUAUCCUCAUUCUUAUCGCCCAAGUGAAAAAUGUGAAUGGCUGAUUCAGGCUCCAGAUCCAUACCAGAGAAUCAUGAUCAACUUCAACCCCCACUUUGAUUUGGAGGACAGAGACUGCAAGUACGACUACGUGGAAGUCAUCGAUGGAGAUAACGCAAAUGGGCGCUUAUGGGGAAAGUUCUGUGGAAAGAUCGCCCCUUCUCCUGUUGUGUCUUCGGGGCCAUUUCUUUUUAUCAGAUUUGUCUCUGAUUAUGAGACACAUGGUGCAGGAUUUUCCAUUCGUUAUGAAAUUUUCAAGAGAGGUCCUGAAUGUUCCCAGAACUACACAACACCCAGUGGAAUGAUAAAGUCUCCCGGUUUCCCUGAGAAAUAUCCCAACAGCCUAGAAUGCACUUAUAUUAUCUUUGCACCAAAGAUGUCAGAGAUUAUCCUGGAAUUUGAAAGCUUUGACCUGGAGCCUGACUCAAAUGCUCCAGGGGGGAUGUUCUGUCGCUAUGACCGGCUAGAAAUCUGGGAUGGAUUCCCUGAUGUUGGCCCUCACAUUGGGCGUUACUGUGGACAGAAAACACCGGGUCGGAUCCGUUCUUCAUCAGGCAUUCUAUCCAUGGUUUUCUAUACUGACAGCGCGAUUGCAAAAGAAGGCUUCUCGGCCAACUACAGUGUCUUGCAGAGCAGUGUCUCAGAAGAUUUCAAAUGUAUGGAAGCUCUGGGCAUGGAGUCAGGAGAGAUUCAUUCUGACCAGAUCUCAGCUUCUUCCCAGUAUAGCACCAACUGGUCCGCAGAACGGUCCCGCCUGAACUACCCUGAGAACGGGUGGACGCCAGGAGAAGAUUCCUACAGAGAGUGGAUACAGGUAGACUUGGGCCUUCUGCGCUUUGUCACAGCUGUUGGGACACAGGGAGCCAUUUCAAAGGAAACCAAGAAGAAAUAUUAUGUCAAGACUUACCGAAUAGACAUUAGCUCCAAUGGGGAAGACUGGAUCACCAUCAAAGAAGGAAACAAACCUGUCAUCUUUCAGGGAAAUACCAACCCCACAGAUGUUGUGUUUGGAGUUUUCCCCAAAUCACUGAUAACUCGAUUUGUCCGAAUCAAACCCGUGACUUGGGAAACUGGCAUAUCUUUGAGAUUUGAAGUAUAUGGCUGCAAGAUAACAGAUUAUCCUUGCUCUGGAAUGUUGGGCAUGGUGUCUGGACUCAUUUCCGACUCGCAGAUUACAGCAUCGAACCAAGGGGAGAGAAACUGGAUGCCCGAAAAUAUCCGCCUGGUGACCAGCCGCUCGGGCUGGGCGCUGCCUCCGGCCCCCCACCCCUACGUAAACGAGUGGCUGCAGGUUGACCUGGGGGAAGAGAAGGUCGUAAGGGGCAUCAUCAUUCAGGGCGGGAAGCACCGGGAGAACAAGGUGUUCGUGAGGAAGUUCAAGAUCGGCUACAGCAACAACGGCUCCGACUGGAGAAUGAUCACGGACGACAGCAAGCGGAAGGCCAAGUCUUUCGAGGGCAACAACAACUAUGAUACACCUGAGCUACGGACUUUUCCACCCCUUUCUACACGAUUCAUCAGGAUCUACCCGGAGAGAGCCACUCAUGGCGGACUGGGGCUGAGAAUGGAGCUGCUGGGCUGUGACAUGGAAGUACCCACAGCUGGACCAACCACUCCCAAUGGGAACCCCGUGGAUGAAUGUGAUGAUGACCAGGCCAACUGCCACAGUGGAACAGGUGAUGACUUCCAACUCACAGGUGGCACCACUGUGCUGAUCACAGAGAAGCCAACAGUGAUUGACAGUACCAUACAAUCAGAGUUUUCAACAUAUGGUUUUAACUGUGAAUUUGGCUGGGGCUCUCACAAGACGUUCUGUCACUGGGAACAUGACAGUCACGUGCAACUCAAGUGGAGUGUGUUGACCAGCAAAACGGGACCGAUUCAGGACCACACAGGAGAUGGCAACUUCAUCUACUCCCAAGCUGACGAAAACCAGAAGGGGAAAGUGGCUCGUCUGGUGAGCCCCGUGGUGUAUUCACAGAACUCAGCCCACUGCAUGACCUUCUGGUAUCACAUGUCCGGAUCCCACGUUGGCACGCUGCGGGUCAAACUACGCUACCAGAAGCCAGACGAAUAUGACCAGCUGGUCUGGAUGGCCAUCGGACACCAAGGAGACCACUGGAAGGAAGGGCGUGUUUUGCUUCAUAAGUCUCUGAAACUUUAUCAGGUGAUUUUUGAGGGUGAAAUCGGAAAAGGAAACCUUGGCGGGAUUGCGGUUGAUGACAUUAGCAUUAAUAACCACAUUUCACAAGAGGACUGUGCAAAACCAACAGACCUGGAUAAAAAGAACCCAGAAAGUAAAAAUGAUGAAACAGGGAGCACGCCAGGCUAUGAAAGCGCAGAACAAGGCGACGAGAACAUCUCCAGGAGGCCAGGCAAUGUGCUGAAGACUCUGGACCCCAUCCUCAUCACCAUCAUCGCCAUGAGUGCCCUGGGUGUCCUCUUGGGCGCCGUCUGCGGGGUCAUGUUGUACUGUGCCUGUUGGCACAACGGGAUGUCGGAAAGAAACUUGUCGGCCCUGGAGAACUAUAACUUUGAACUCGUGGACGGUGUGAAGUUGAAAAAAGACAAACUGAAUACACAGAGUUCUUAUUCGGAGGCAUGAAGGCAGACGGAGCUGCAACGAUGAGUCAGAGAAUUGAGGUGGAAGGACGUGGCGUGCGCGUGCUGGGGGACUGUUGUUGAUCUUCUUUUACUGUCCAGGCUGGAGAGUGUGUUAUCAACACUGAACCAGGCUUUUCUCAGGAGCUUCAAUGAGUGUAGCCGACAGACAUGAGCAAGUUAGCUGUGUGAACAAUCGGAAUCAUGUACAGUCAGCUUUUUUCUGUUGGUUUCAUUUGAAUAAUCAGAUGCUGGUGUUGAGACCAAGUAUGAUUGACUUAAUAAUUCAUUUCCACUCCCCCUCCCCUUCCCUCUCCUUUUCCUUUUUUAUGACUUCUUUUUGGAAACUGUGCAAAAUCCAGGAUGCUGGCACCAAGUGUACUAACUCAGUGGGGCCCUUUUGAUGGACAUGCUACCUGUAGCCCAGUGCCCAGAAUAUGUUAGAAUGGCCGCAUUUCAGUGGACUCCUGCAGCUGUCCUUGUGUAUAAUUGCCGCGUUGUGCAUAGGCAAAGAAGGAUUAGGAUGUUUUCUUUUAAAAGUACUGUAGCCUCAGUACUGGUGUAGUGUGUCAGCUCUGUUUACGAAGCAAUACCGUCAAAUUUUCUUGAUGUUUUCCAGUGUUGUACUAAACCUCGUGCUUGUGAACUCCGUACAGAAAACUGUGCCAUCACCAAACACUGCUGGCAACUGGGUGUGCUGCCGACAACCGAAAUGAAAAACCUUGGCACCGGCUUCUCUGUGUCCUCUCAAGUGCCUUUUUGUUUGUACUGGUUCUCGUUGUGUUACAUUAACGACCCGCUCUGUUUCUCGCUGGCGAAAGCCCUCCUCUUUAAUCAAACCCUGGUGGCCCGCUGACUAAGAAGAAAGUAUGUUUUAGGGUGAGACGUCAGCCUCGAGAAGUGAAGGGCUCGGAAGAUUUUGGCAACGUGGCUUAAUUGUUCUGCUUUUUCUGUAGUUCAAUUUCAUGUCUCUUGACCCUUUUGUAUAAAGCUGCAAUAUUCUCUCUUAUCGUCCUUUCAUAUGGAAUGUAUUUUCAAAUGUAAACUCUUUCUCUUCCUCUCCUAUCUCUGUCUUUUUUUCCUCUCUUAGAACGUAAGCAUUUGCCAUUGUCCAGAAAAGAAACUUGCAGCUUUAACAUGCUGGUCAUGGCAAACGAUUUUACUAGACUUUAUGUUUAAAAAUAAAUAAACAAGGGAAAUUCCUAACUUUGCCCUCCAAAGUCUAACUUUGGUUUUCUUGUUAACUGGUUAAAGUGACAGUAUCUUUUUUCCUUAAUCUAGCUGUGUUAAUCAUUGGCUGUCAAUGCUAAUCACAAUGAUCAUUGAUAGAAAUGUUUGAAUAUCAUAGAAAUAGUGAUAAAUUGAGGAAGGAAUAAUAUUAAUUGGCUUUCAAGUGAGACCUGAAGGAAGGACUGAAUAAAAUCUUCCAGAUAACCCCCAAACAUGAGAUUUUACAUCCAAAUAUGCAAAAAAAUGGCCCAAGAGAGAAUUCUUAUUUUGGUACUGAAUCAGACAAGGGAAGCGGAAAGAAAAGCAGUUAAUUUAAGAAAGGAACUAUAAAUCCUGAUGCCUGGAUGGUAAGUAUUUUAAGAUAAGAGGGGGGAAAAUGAGCAAACUCAAAACAAAUGUUUUAAAAUGUAUGUGCAACAGCAACCCUGAAAAAACAGGAACUUGAAUGAAUGCUCCAGUAAUAUUUCCGGUGGCUAACAAAGAAAAAGCCUUCCUUGGAGCUGGCAAGACCUAAGUCUCCAGCAGCACAGCCACGUAAAAUAUCUUAUCAAGGCAGCGUUAGCCCAAAGAAGCCUAGGUUGUUUUCAGUGUACUUCUGUCCUGCUGUGUGGUCCAUAAUAAUUUUCAGAUCUUCCUCCUUUCCUGCAUUGCUCUAGGUCUCACUCAAAUACGUUCAUGGGAGUCACAUUUGCAUUAGAGACAGGGCAGUCCAUUCAUCUUGAUUUAAUUGGAUUGAGAAUGCCUUUUGCUUCCAGGAAAUUAUUGAUCCCCAUGAAAGAAGAAUAGUUUUUUGUCCCCAGAGGCAUUCAUUCUGUUGUUAGAAUCGUACCAGACUAAAGCACUAACUAAAACUUCAUUUUUCUAAAGGCAACAGACUGAAAGUUGUCCCCCACCAAGGAAAAAUGAUACUGCAACUUUAAAUUUUAAAGUAUCUUGCACUGAUAAAUAUAUUUAAAAAAAUUAUAUGUUUAUAAAGUUAUUAAUUUGUAAAGGCAGUGUUACAAAAUGUUCAGUUUAUAUUGUUUUAGAUUGUUUCAUAAUUUUUAAAGGUGUAAAAUAACAUUUUUUCUUUAUUGAAAUCUAUAAAACUUUCUGUAGUAAAAUGUUUUCAUUUUGCUGGUAUAUUAUUGCUUCAUGUUUUGUACCAUCAUAAAAUUUUGUGCAGAUUUUUUUUACAGAAUUUUUAUUUUCUAUGACAAUAUGACACUUGUAAAUUGUUGUUUCAAAAUGAACAGCGAAGCCUUAACUUUAAAUGACAUUUGUAUUCUCAGACACUGAGUAGCAUAAAAAUCACAUAGAACUGAACUGUAACUUAAAUUCCAAACUAUGACUACUACAUUCCAAAGAAACAGUUGAAUUAAACAUUUUCACAAAAUA